UAGUACGUUGCCAGAUACUAUCACGUUUAUUUGGACUUGGCAAUUGAUCACACAUGCACUGCAUAACCUCAGGGAUUCAUAUGUUGGACAACAUGCAGAAAUCUGUUAAAGAAUGGAAUAUUUCUUUUGCCGGCUGUGGAUUUCUGAUGGCUUACUACUGUGGAGUCUAUUGCUGUUUAUUCGAACGUGCCCAGUUUCUUCUUAAGGGGGCGAAGAAGAUUUGUGGGGCUUCAUCUGGUGCUCUCAUGGGUGCAAUAUUAUGCCAAAUGUCUCCGGGAAAUUCCAUUUUGAAGCCAAAUGCUGUGAAAAUUUGCUGGAAAUGUCUCGAGAGGCUCGCAAAGGCGCUUUGGGUGCCGCGAAUCCUUCCUUCAACCUGCUGAAGAUUGUACGAAACUUCCUAAAUCGAGACCUGCCCGAUGAUGCCCACCUGCUCGCCAGCGGACGGCUGUUUGUGUCCCUCACACGAGUAUCAGAUGGGACAAAUGUGUUGUUGUCUGAGUUUGACAGUAAAGAAGAUCUCAUUCAGGCUCUGAUUUGUAGCUGCUUUUAUCCUCUGUACUGUGGUGUGAUUCCUCCAAGCUACCAUGGAAUAAGAUAUGUAGAUGGAGCAUUGAGUGAUAACAUGCCUUUCUCUAGUCUGAGGAACACCAUCACCAUUUCUCCUUUUUCCGGAGAAAGCGACAUCAGUCCUUACGGCAACCCUUUUUACUUCCAUGACAUAUACUACAAUAACGUCAGCAUUCACAUCAACUUUAUUAAUGCACACCGAGUUGUCAUCGCAUUUUUUCCUCCAGAGCCAGAGGUCUUGGCUGAGAUGUGUCAAAAUGGAUAUAAGGAUGCUUUCCUUUUUUUAAAACAAAAUGAACUCCUGAAACCCUCAUCGCCACUGUCAGAGUUGACCCUGAUUGAUGAAUGGGAGAAUAUUCCAACAUCUAAGAAAUGUAUUAGUGAAAACAACCUAAGUGUGACUGGGAAUUCUAAAAAUAUCCUUCCAGAUUCCAUCAAAAAAGUGUUUUAUACGGCUAGCUUGAGGGAAAAUGAAGAGAGAGUGAAUCUAGUUUCCUGUCUAAUGUGGUUCAUUUUGCCGGUGGAGGUGACUAACAUAAUGCUUUUAAGGCUUUUUGAGUGCACUCCAGAGAUGUGGUCGUUUCUGCUGUGGAUGUGGCAGAUGACAUUGAGAAUAAUUGGACAAACAUUGAAGAAAGCUUUCUCAAUAAGUUACUUGUGUAUGCAGAAAUAUCCAAGUCUUCACCCACUCCAUUCAACUUCCAACCCAACUCACUGACCAGCAACACCUCUUGUUUCUCCUCUUCUUAUAUACAUUGUGUAAUUAUUUUGAAUUUGAAAAAAAAAAAAGGUUUAGAUUUUUAUGUAACUGCACCACUUUAACAUAAAUAAAAAUUCUGUCAUUAAUUA